AUGGUUAGGUGGGUUUCUUUGUAUGAUGCAGAUACAUGCUUUGUUGAUCUAUCUCAAAGCCUUUCUCAAGAGGCCAGCACUCUUGGUGAACAUAUGAAGGCUGCUUUUGGAUUGUCAUGGAAAGAAGUGCUUUCUGAAAAGCAGGUCCUAGAAGGAAAUAUUGAACCAGGAAAUCCAGCACUUCUCGUGAUUAGCUUAUCUGCCUUAAGAUCGUUGGAACUCCUCAGAGGUUUGCGGCCUUUGACCGGAGAAUGCCAUGCUGCAAAGCUUUUCUCUAAACAUAUGAAGGUUGAGGAUCAG